AUGUACUCCCGGUAUCGGGUUGGCAUCGAGAUUGAGUUCAUUCUGAAGCCAAUCAACUUCGCCUUUGACCCAUUGGGCAAGGUGAGGGCGGUUGUCGCUCAAAUCAUCUCAGAAUGCAACCCUCACCUCCGCCCGACCGCCCAAUUGCGGAACAAGGUGGACAAACCAUGCCGCCGGCCUGAAUUCUGGUCUCUGAAAACUGAUAACUCGGUCGUCAGUUAUGAAUGGAAUACUCUCCCCCUCGAACUAGUUUCCCCGGUCCUCACUUAUGAUGAGACCAACGCUUGGCGCGACGACCUCCACGAGAUUUUCCGCGUGCUGAAGACUGUGUGCGAGAUCAAGGUCAACCCAUCCUGUGGAGUGCACAUUCACAUCUCCCGAAUUGGCGAACCGUGGAAGUUGGAGACACUGAAGGAGCUUUCCCGCAACGCAAUGUAUUUCGAAAAGGUCAUUGACAGCUUGCUUCCCCGGCACAGAGUUGGAAACGAGCUCCUCCAAAGCAGCCGCUACCACAGUUUGCCGCUUGAAGGAAGGUCCAUGCUCGAUUGUGUCUUUCUCGUGAACGACUGCGUUUCUGUCCCUCACCUUGUCGAACUCAUGAACUUCCAAGGAUCUCGAUACUUCGCCUGGAAUCUGACCAACAUGCUUGAUACCGGCCGCCAGACGGUUGAAUUCCGACAGCCCCCUGGUAUGGAUACCGCUGAGGCAGUGCUGCAAUGGGUGGAGUUUGUGGUUCUGUUUCUGCAUGCUGCCAAGCGAUCCACCACCCUCAGCAUACUUUGCAACACCGCUUGCUCUCUCGCCGGCCUGCGGUGGUUUUUGUCUAUCUACAAGCCCGUCGGCUAUGAUAGCAGAGCAGUGGAUGAGCUCCUGUCGGCUUCCUUCGAACAAAAGCAGCGCUGGCUUGAAUUCCCCGAGGAGGGCAGACUUGCUGAACAGGCGAGACUCGUCGAGCAAGCCAGAUUUGCUGAACAGGUCAGACUUGCUGAAGAGGCCGAUGUCGCUGAGCAGGCCGCAUUUGCUGACUAUAUCGAGAAGAACUAUUCUCCUCGAUCCUAA